GGUAUAUAUCCCCUCUCCUUUAUAAAGGAGAAGGCACGAUGACAUUGUUUGCAGUUCAUGGAAUUGAUAAAUCUGUAUCAGUAAGUUUUACGAAUUCAAUUAAAAAAGUAAAUUAUAUCAUGAAAAUUGAAACAGAAUAAAUAUUCCCUAGCAUGACGAGCUGUUUUAUAAGUUCAUCCGAAAAAUUCAAUUUCAAGAGAAUUGCCUAUUGCAGUUGGUAUUGAGAGUCAAGAUUGAGUCCUACUGCAGUCAAAUUGCACAAAAUGGAGGUGUCAACAACUGAUUAAUUUCUGAAAUUAUUCAAAAUUUGUGUAUACCAAAAAAAUAUGACCAUUAUACCGAUAGAUCGUUGAAUUUUUGAUAGCGGCCCAUGGCCGUAGAGAAAGUUCCAGGGUUGAAGCCCAUGUGUUGGCCACAUGACCUGCGAAACGACGUCCGAGGACAGGUCAUUGUAAAAGAAUAAAUCCUGGGACUUACUAAAAGACCCAUGGACCUUCGAAAGGAAAAUUUAUUGUUCUAUUGUCUACGGGUCUUUCCAUCCCCACCUCGGAAGAAAACUCUCUCCCCCGAGGACCUCGGCACCCUAUAGAAAGGGAACCGAGGAAAAGUUCGGGGUAGUCGAUCUUAGUCCAUCGUAGUCGGUUGCCAAUAGCAGUGCACGUAUAUAGUAUUCAGUGUAUAGUCAUCGUUUGAGCUCCACGCGCGUGCAUCUGAUACGACGCACAAUCAGUAUCGAAGUAAACGUUAUUAAAGUUCUACGUCGGGGACUAACAUUGUUGAAUCGCAUCAUGAGUACAUUUUGGAAAGAACAAAAAUUGGAAGCAACUGGACCUGCUAUCAUGAAAAGCCUCGAUGUCUUAUGUAUUUGUGACAGAGAUAUAUACCAUUCCGCCCAUGAUUCCGUAGAUAUAAAACAAAUAUAUAUGAAAUGUCAUUGCAAUCAACCCAGAAGUUUUUUACUGAUAGAUGGGCAAGAAUACCUCAGAGUUAACAGUGCGGAACACUUCAUAGAACAAUUAAAUUGCAGUAAAGAUCUUGAAGUAAAAGUAGUGUCGAUUUUUGGAAACACCGGUGAUGGCAAGAGUCACACAUUGAAUCAAACAUUCUUCGAAGGAAAGGAAGUAUUUCAGACUUCGGAUGAUCAAAGUUCAUGUACAUUAGGGGUUUGGGCCGCAUUUGAUCCAGUUCUUAAUGUGAUAUGUUUGGACACAGAAGGCUUGUUAGGAAUUACUUUUCAUGAGAAUGAAAGGACAAGGCUAUUACUUAAAGUCCUUGCUGUAUCUGACAUUGUUGUAUAUAGAACACAAUCCGACAAACUGAAUAGAGAUUUAUUUACAUUUCUUGGUACUGCUUCAAGAGCAUACAGCCAUUAUUUUCAAACUGCCUUGCGAGCAAUAGGACAGAGAAAAGGAGUUCAAGGCUCUUUGAGUACCCUGGGACCAAGCAUUAUAGUAUUACAUGAGACUAAAUACACCAAACCUCUGAUCAACAAUGAUAUAGAAAACGCAGAAGACACUCUUCGAAUACGGUUUGCUCAAAUGAAGCUCGAAGUAGAAGCAUUUAGUUCCAUCAAAUACGUUGGUAUACAAACUGCAAAUUUCACGACUGAUUAUCAACUUUUGCAGACUGCUAUUAAGAAAGAAUUGUCUAAUAAUACUGUGCGGUCUGCUAGAAAGCCGUAUUUAGUUUAUAAUACAUUAAAAAUUUUAAACGAGAAAUUUUCUGAAGAAAUUGGGAAUUUUUCUAUUUUGUUUCCCGAUCAAUAUUUCGCUUGUCCUACUAAAUGUUUUAGCUGUGGAUCUAGGUGCAACAAUAACAUGGGACAUCUUUCAGAAGGAAAACCUCAUAGUAGCAAUAACAGGUGUCGAUAUCAGCAUCAAUAUGAAAACAUAGUAUAUAUAUGUAAAAAAUGUUAUACUAAUGGAAAUGAAGUACAAGUUAUGAAACGAAUUCAAAAUCAAAAUGAUAAUAGUUGGUAUGGAUUCGUUAAAUAUGCAUGGUCAGGAGAUGUGAUAGAAUGUCCAAAUUGUGGAGAAAUAUAUCGGAGUCGUCAGUAUUGGUAUGGUAACAAAAGCCCUGAGGAUUCUGUUAUUCGUACAGAGAUUAUGCACGUGUGGAACAUGCCAAAUAGUUCAGUUGCAUCUCAAAACACAGCACAAAAAGUAAUCGACAGUGUAUCGUAUCUUACUGAAGCUGUAACCAGUGUUUCGUUGCAACCGACAAAAGUUCUUUCGGCGUGGGUUGCAGAUCAGGUAGCUCCGACUUAUUGGAGACCUAAUAAUGAAAUUAAAAACUGCCAUAAGUGUAAAAUGGCAUUCGGCUUGUCUGAUACGAAACACCAUUGUCGAGCAUGUGGUGAAGGUUUCUGCGAUCAGUGUUCGUCUAAAACGAAGUGUGUCCCAUCUAGAAAUUGGCAUACACCAGUGCGAGUCUGUGAUAUCUGUUAUGAUAAGGAUGAACCUACUGAAUUUUCAGAAGAUGUUAACGCUAGGAAAGUAACUGAACAAGUGGUGUCUACUUUCAGUGCAGUUAGUUCUGUUUUGAACUAUUCAAAAACGUUUAUCAAGGAUACAGUUCGACCGUCUUAUUGGGUCCCCGACUCGGAAGUCGUCGAUUGUUGUGUAUGCCACCAAAAAUUUUCCCUGUCUCUUACUUUACAUCAUUGUAGGGACUGUGGACGUGGAGUAUGUCAAAAUUGCUCGCAGCGUCGUAAACCCGUACCGCAUAGGGGAUGGGAUAAUCCAGUUCGGGUUUGCGAUUUGUGCAUGAAAAUAGCCUAAGAAACAUUGACGAAACAUUGAUAGAGUUACACGAAAGUUAGAGUUACGAAACAUUAAUCUGUUUGAAAUAUCGAUCCAUCUAUGCAAUAUACGUUAAUCAAUUAAAUACCUCAACGAUGAAGAUAUAUUUUUUCUCAGAUUUUGUACAAGUUGCUUGCAAUUCAUAAACGUUUAUGUAAAUUUUACUUUACCUUUAGUAUAUUGAAAUUCUUUGCCAUUGUAAGAGUGGAAGAAAGAAGAAAAAAAAAUCAAUAUUUUAAUACAGUACUGUAAAAAAGCGUUUCCUAUGAAUUGUGCCAUGAGUGUACCUGUCUCUUUUAUAAAAUGUGUUUUCAGAGAAUGGCAGUAAUAUAAUAUUAGAAAGAUAACCCUGUACGAUAAAUGAAAGAAUCCAUUACAAAAAAUUAUAAUAAUAGGAUAGGUGGUCCAGUACAAUGUAGCAGUACAUACAGAAGCAUAAUGUAAUAACGCAAGCGUCUUUGUUGACGAAAUGAAUUGAGAUUGUUGUCCUUAUUGCAGCAUUGGGCUGCGACUGUUUUUAGAUUCCAAAACAAGCAUUUAUCCUUUUAUUAUAUGCCCCGUACCUGUUACAGUCUUUUAUAAUUUAUAAAUGAACAUGCUUUCUAACGGCAAUGUAACAAAAGACGAAAUAAAUUCUU